AUGGCAGAGACGGAUCCAAGCAGCAAGUCGACAGCAGAUUUGGUCAAGAGGCAGACCGAGCUCGCCGUUCGGUUGGGCAAGCUCGGGAAGGAGGUGACGAAAUGCUCCACCGAACUGGAGGCCAUCACCAAGGAACUCGAACAGCGCGUGGCGAACGACAGCGAGCUCGAUGAGCAGGCCGCCGAAGCGCCCGCGGCAAGCGCUGCCACGGAGGAGAAGAAGGCGGCAGCUGGAGCCAAGGACAAGGACAAGAGGGACCUGGCCUACUACACCAGCACCAAGACCACCAACACCCAGCUGCGAGAAGCCGCCAACAAGGAGCGACAGGAGAAAAUCAACAAGCCGCGUCCCGCCGUACGCGAGUUCAAGCACUGGUGA